AUAAACAUCCGGGCUCUGUAAAAGGAAGUAAGUGACGUUUUGUGCUCAGGCUGAGCCGGAGGAGCAGGAUGGCUGCGGCGCAGGGAGAAAUAGCCAAGUUUUUACCAAUGCAGAAUGGAAUUUCUUCAACCAGUCCAGUUGCCAGUGGGAUGGACCCUUACCAUGCCUGCAGUAUCCUCCAGCAGCUUAAAGCAAUGUACGAUGAAUGCAAGCUGACAGAUAUUGUUGUAGAGGUGGAUAGCGGGGAACACUUCUCUUGUCACAGAAACGUUCUUGCAGCAAUCAGUCCAUACUUCAGAUCUAUGUUCACGAGCGGCCUUACAGAGAGCACACAGAAAGAAGUGCGGUUAGUAGGAAUAGAAGCUGAGUCCAUGCAGCUUGUACUGAACUAUGCAUACACCUCUAGAGUGCAGCUGACGGAGACCAACGUCCAAGCUCUGUUCACGGCGGCUAGCAUCUUCCAGAUCCCUCCCCUCCAGGACCAGUGUGCCCAGUACAUGAUCAGCCGCCUAGACCCCCAGAACUGUAUAGGUGUGUUUAUUUUUGCAGAUCACUACGAUCACCAGGAACUUAAGGACAGGUCUCAAGAAUAUAUUAGGAAAAAGUUCCUGCACGUCGCCAAAGAGCAGGAGUUUCUGCACCUGAAGAAAGACCAGCUCAUAAGUAUACUGAACAGUGAUGACUUGGAUGUGGAUAAGGAAGAGCACAUCUACAACAGCAUUAUCUGUUGGUUAGAACAUGACAAAGCUGAAAGAGAAACGGACCUUCCGGAGAUAUUUGCCAAAUGCAUCCGUAUGCCCCUGAUGGAGGAGGAUUUUGUGGAGAACAUUCCUCCCAUCUUUGCUCGGGCUUUGCCUAAAGACCACACGCAAAAGGGAAAGAUUAGUGGCAAUAACUGUAAUCAGCGCCUUGGCAUGACUGCGUUGGAAAUGAUCAUCUGCUUCGAAGCCGCCAACAAGCACUCAGGGAAGAAGCAAACUGUGCCUUGUCUGGAUACGCUGUCAGGAAAAGUGUAUAAACUAUGCAAACCCCCUGGGGACUUGCGCGAGGUCGGGAUUCUUGUGACGCCGGAUAACGAACUUUACAUUGCUGGCGGCUACAAACCAAGUAACAGUGACUUAUGCAUAGACCACAAAGCCGAGAGCGACUUCUGGGCAUAUGACUACUCGAACAAUAGGUGGUUGCCGAAAGCACCUCUGCUUAGGGCACGGAUAGGUUGCAAACUGGUUCACUGCUGUGGUAAGCAAUAUGCAAUAGGAGGACGUGUUUACGAGGGUGAUGGACGCAAUCCGCUCAAAUCCGUUGAGUGCUAUGAUGCUAGGGACAACCGUUGGACAGCUGUGAGUUUAAUGCCUGUGGAAAUGGAGUUUCAUAGUGCUGUAGAAUAUAAGGACAAGAUAUACGUCCUCCAGGGAGAAAUUUUCCUGUGCUAUGAUCCCGUGAAAGAUUACUGGUGUUACCUGACUCCCAUGACUGUACCGAGAGUUCAAGGGAUGGCAGCAGUGUACAAAGAUUCCAUCUACUACGUAGCUGGCACACUGGGCAAACACCGCAUGCUUACUGUUGAGGCUUACGACGUGGAACAGAACCGGUGGACUAAAAAGAAAGAUCUCCCAUGUGAACCGUCUUCAAACCCAUACAUCAAACUCUUGGUGCUGAAGGGUAAACUCCACUUAUUUGUUCGCGCCACCCAAGUGAGCGUGGAAGAGUUUGUUUUCCGAACCAGUCGCAAGAAUUGUCUUUACCACUACGACGAGGUGUCCGACGGCUGGAACAAAGUCUACGAAUCUCCAGAGAGGCUGUGGGACCUGGGCCGCCACUUUGAGUGUGCCGUGGCCAAACUUUAUCCCCAAUGUCUUCAGAAAGUUUUGUAGACUAUAAAAGUAUUGGCAGCUUUUGUAUGUUGGAUGGGGGAUG